CUCUCAAAAUCCAGAUUCAACACAAUCCCUUCUCUUUCUCUCUCACACGCGUAACUAACUUUUCUCCUUUUCCCUUUCUUUUUCAUUUUUUCUGUUUGAGCUUUCAUUAUUCCGGACUAAAACAGCAAAGCCACGCGCCGUAACCAUUAUUCUACGCGAAGAUGCAAUCUUCUAACGGCCCUGAUUCACAACCCGCGGACCAGAACUCGCAGCAGCAACGACAACAGCAAACACCGCCGCAGCCACUCCCAGUGCCGCCGCAGUGGAUGCCGAUGCAGUACCCCGCCGCCGCCAUGGUAAUGCAGCAUCACAUGUUGCCGCCUCAACAUUACGCGCCGCCGCCUCCGCCGCCGCAGCCCUACAUGGCUUACCACCAGUACCAGCAACCGGUGCCGCACGUGUCUCACCCUCACCAUCAGGGAUCCACCGCCGAGAACAAAACCAUCUGGGUCGGCGAUUUGCAUCAUUGGAUGGACGAAAACUAUCUCCACCGCUGUUUCGCUUCCACUGGCGAGAUUUCCUCAAUUAAGGUUAUUCGCAAUAAGCAGACUGGUCUAUCAGAGGGUUAUGGAUUUGUGGAGUUCUAUUCACAUGGGACCGCUGAGAAAGUUUUGCAGAAUUAUGCUGGAAUAUUGAUGCCUAACACAGAGCAACCUUUCCGGCUGAACUGGGCAACAUUUAGCACAGGGGACAAGCGUUCAGAUAAUGUUCCUGAUCUUUCUAUUUUUGUAGGAGAUUUAGCAGCAGAUGUUACAGAUAGCAUGUUGCAUGAAACUUUUUCUAAUAGAUACCCUUCUGUUAAAGCUGCAAAAGUUGUUUUUGAUGCCAACACUGGUCGUUCAAAGGGUUAUGGUUUCGUCAGGUUUGGCGAUGAUAGUGAGAGGUCCCAGGCUAUGACUGAAAUGAAUGGUGUUUACUGUUCUAGCAGGCCUAUGCGUAUUGGUGCUGCAACUCCUAGGAAAUCAUCUGGCUAUCAACAAGGAGGUCAGUCAAAUGGCAUAACCAGCCAAUCUGAAACUGAUUCUACAAACACAACUAUAUUUGUUGGAGGACUUGACCCUAAUGUUACAGCUGAAGAUCUUAGGCAGCCAUUCUCUCAGUAUGGUGAGAUAGUCUCUGUUAAGAUACCUGCCGGAAAAGGAUGUGGUUUUGUACAGUUUGCAAACAGAAAUAAUGCUGAAGAGGCGUUGCAGAAGCUAAAUGGGACAACGAUAGGCAAGCAAACGGUUCGUCUUUCAUGGGGUCGCAAUCCAGCAAAUAAGCAGCAGUUUAGAGUGGAUUUCAGCAAUCCCUGGAGUGGGGCGUAUUAUGGGGGGCCUAUUUAUGAUGGUUAUGGAUAUGCUUUGCCACCUCCUCAUGACCCAAGCAUAUAUGCUGCUGCUUAUGGAGCCUACCCCAUUUAUGGAGGACACCAACAGCAAGUAAGUUGAACGAAGUGCAGUGCAGGAGUAGUACUCACAUGCGAAUUAACUUAUCUUCUUGUAACUGGCUUCAUCGGUUGAAUUCUGAAGAAUCCCUCCUAAUUGUGGAGUGGAGUUGAAUUUUGAUAACGUGAGGUAGCACUAUAGGAAUUCAAUUUAAUCAUUCGUUUAGACUCGUAGGGGUAAUGAGGAUUUAAACUUGUUUAUUGGAAUAAUUAAGUAUGCUAGCGUUUGCUCUCUUGCUUGCAUUUUAAUUGUUUUUGGCGCU